GGCAAUUGAAAGGAUUUCAGUUCAUUUCCCAUCUGCAAUCACACUGCAGUUUUUCGUUUAGCUCUGAUAGGUCUUUACCCAACACAUUUUUCUAUCCACCCGAGAUACAAGGCCCGCUCCUGUCACAAGAAUCCAUUUGACGAUUGCAAGCGCUAUGGUGAAGCUGAAUUAUGAUGUUUUGGUGACUGCACCGUCGUACUUGAACGCUGUGAAGGACAGGGAGCUGGAUUUGAGAGGGUUAAAAAUACCGCAAGUGGAGAAUUUGGCGAUCACAAAGGAUUCACAUGAUGUCGUUGACCUGACUGAUAACGAUCUAAGACGAUUGGACGGCUUCCCUCUGAUGAAACGACUGAAGGCUCUAAUGGUUAGCAACAACCGAAUCACACGAAUCGAUCUCGAUCUCGCCAAGCAGCUACCAAACCUGAAUACUUUGAUUCUGAAUAACAACCAUAUUGAAGAGCUUGGGGACUUGGACCCGUUGGGAAAUUUUGAACAUUUAGAGUGUCUCAGUUUGAUGGACAAUCCGGUGGCGACCAAGAAGUACUAUCGGUCAUAUGUGAUCCAUAGAUGUCCAAAAGUUAGGAUAUUGGAUUUCCGGAAGAUUAGGGAAAAAGAACGACGGGACGCGGCCCAGCUAUUUUCCGGCGCAGAAGGAACCAAAUUGGCAGCGACUCUCUCCGCCAAAGGUCGAGCCAAGACGUUCGAACCAGGGGAAGUACUAAAGAAGGCUGCUAGGCCAUAUCAAGGUCCUUCCCCGGAGGAGGCGGCCAAGAUCCGAGAAGCGAUCAAGAAUGCAAAAACAUUGGAUGAGGUUACCCGGUUGGAGAAGCUUCUGCAGGCUGGACAGGUACCGGACGGGAGUGCACAAAGGCCCCCAAGAAACCUGGAUAUGAUGGAGACAGAAGAGGAUGAGUGACAAGAAGUAUAAGUGGCGGAUAGAUGCGAUGCGAUGGUUUUGAGGAGUGCAAAGUGUUUGCCUGUGGAGCAAAUGUAAUUAGUUUGUUUAUAUGAGCUAUCGCUUUGAGUACGGACUGCAAAAUGCA